GAGAAGGAAAGAUGGAUUCUUUUUUCCUCCUACUCUCUGUAUUGGCUUUUAUUGGGUCUUUCAUCUCACGGGCAACUGCCGAGCACGUAGAAUCAUGUCCGGACAGAAUUCCCGGUAGCCAGAGGAGACCGAACUGUCCUAAGUCCUGUUCGCAGGGCAAGAACUGCCCAAACAAACGUCAGUGUGUGUGUUACGGACAGUGCGGCUUGAGCUGCGUGGCUCCAGGACGCACAUGCCCUUGGCCUCCGCCCCCUGGCUCCAACACUGUGGCUCACCUGCUGUCUCCGGCACCCACCGUUUCCGCUCUCCUUGAGAUCCGCUGCAAGCCUGGUUUCGUUAUGGCCGGUGGUUUGGAAGCAGUAACCCGCCACUGUCAAAGUAAUCGCCAGUGGAGUGGGGAGGAUCCGGUGUGCAUGGCUGUUCUCACAACCGCCCCCCUUUCCUGCCCACUCCCAGAAGAGGCUAUGCGUGGAUUUACCCUCCAGGGCAGCUCUGCAGUGGGUUCCUCUCUUCGCUAUGGCUGCCAUCCUGGACUCACAUUGGUUGGAAACAGUGAAAAUUUCUGUCUGGAGAAUCAGACCUGGCAGUACCCUCAUCCCAUCUGUCAGCGAGUGUUUUGCCCCCCACCAACUGAAGUGGACCAGGCUUAUUUGGUGGCUGUCAAGCGUCAAGAAUAUGAAGUGGGUGAGACCAUCUAUUACCUCUGCAAGAAGACAUACCUUUUGGAGGGGCCUAAUAGUGUUAACUGCCAGUCGGAUGGCACUUGGGGCCCUGUUCCCUUUUGCAGAGCACGCUGCACAGUCCCAGCACAGCGCAGUCGUGUGAUAAUCGGAGGGGUGAAACUGUGGCCCUAUGAGAUUCCGGACGGGGUUGUCCAGCAUGGGCAAAAUGUUACCUUCUAUUGCAAGCACCCAGAAAAACAGUGCAGUUUCACCGCUGUGCAGCCCUGCUUCGAUGGGGACCUUAGACCCCCAGAUUGCUACAUCGAACCUACAUGGAUUCGGUACAAGCUCUUCCCUCAUCGACUGGUUUCGGAAAUUGCGCCCUGUGACUCCAGUGACCAGAGACCGGAGUCCAGCGACCAGUGACCAAUGAUGACCCUUCGCUUCGCUGACCUCAACUCACAACCAUCCUCUAUCGUGUCAGAUGUUCCCAAGCCAAUAUCCCGUUACAUGUUCCACAGCCUCAUGGCAAGUAAUGCUCAGUUCUCCUUUUUCUGUACUGCUCCCACAUCCUGUACCUUGUUUUAAACAUUUCUGGGUCUCAGCUCUGCCAGAAAGUAUAGCCUUCAUGCAGAAGUGUGAGAACUACCCAGGUGUAGAGGGAUGAACAGUCUACUAGGGGCUGGGGCAGGUUCUAGGCUUGCUUUGGCGGCCAGUGUCCCCUUGACAGCCCUUUGCCCCCCCUGUGCUCCGCUUCCCCCCCACAAUCUCUGCACUAUUGCGCAUUUUUCGGACGCGUCAGAAGGUUUGCAAGCUGUC